AUGGGUGCGGUAGCGUUGCUGAAGCGAGCAUCUACCGCACAGGAGCGUCUUGGGCCUCUCUCUGUCACCUACCUGCUUUGCACGUCCGUGGACGGCGUACACUUCUACGGCGCCAACGCUCCUCUGUGGGGCGCGGCAGGCGAUGCUGCAGCGCUCUCCUCUCUGACAACCGCGGCGCCCCGUGCGGCGGCGUCGCCUGUGGAGAACGUCGGUCGCCUCCCACUGGUGCUUCGCGUGGACCCAAAUAUGAGCGGUUCAUACUACACCCGCGACAUGGACGUCGUUCACCAACUCGUCGUCCGCCCGCGUGUGGGUGGGGGUGCGGGGCUAGCAGCGUUGGGGUUGGAGAGCAGCGCAAAAUGGCUGGUGCUGUUCCAGUGCGCGGUGGCGCUGUUGCUACAGGUUGAUCCAGCGAUCAUUGUGGUGUUGCUGUCCAACCGUACCGUGGUGGAAGCCUCCGUGCUUGUGACAAACGUGACGGCGUCAGGGGAGCACGUCACCUACACGUUGUCUCUCUCCUUGCUGGCAGACGCGCGUGUGGGGAGGCGCUUGGAAGAAGAAGCGGCGGGAACUCUCACGGCCUCUUCCGAGCUGCUCCUGCGGUACGCCUUACUGCUGCGCAGCAACGACACCCAGGCGUCGCUUUUCUCGACGCUGCUGCCGCCUGCUGCACGUGGGACGGGGCUUGUGACAGUGCAAGCGCUGUAUGUGAAGUUUACGUUUGACACAGAGGUGGAUUUGCAUUCGGCGCUGGCGCAGCACAGUUAUGAGCUGCCGUACACUCCUUCCGAGGGGACAGUGUGGCGGGCCCGCUUUGCCACGGUUCCCCACGAGAGCCUCCUUGCCUAG